UCUGGUUUUAUUUGCUCCAUAUGGUGUUUGACAUGGUACCCAGGAAGAAAAAAAAAAAGAAAGAAAAAAAGCCCUCGUGUGGGCGGAGGAAAAGCCUCGUAUUUUGUCCGUCGUGAAAUUUGAUUCAGAAGUUCGGGAUCCUGGAAGACAAAAAGCAAACGGAGGGGGAGGGAAAAGAAAAAGCAAAGAGACUCACGGAGGAGAGAGAGAGAGAGUGAGUGUGUGUGUGUGUGUGCUUCUUUUUGUUUUUUAUUCUAAACUCACCACACAGACUCUGCAGCAGCCCGCGACUCAAGCUGUGUGACUAUGAGCACCUCAGGGCUUCAGGUCACCAACCGGCAGAACGUGAAGGAGCUCGACAGCAUGAAGGAGUCCAUCAGUGAUAUUAUCAACCAGCUCCAGGACAUAGACCCGGCCAGACUCUCCUUCUCCCCCUUCCUGGACCUGGACACUCAGAUCUCUCUGGCGCCGGUGUCAGACAGCCCCGAGUCCUCGAUGGAGGAGCUGCACUCGUCCUCCCACUCUGUCACCGGCUCCCAGCGUUCCCUUGAAGCACCACCAACAGCACAUCAGCCAAAGAAGUCUGCUCGCUGCCACCAGCAGCCCAGUGACGGCCUCCCACCAGAGCCACGAGUGGAUCAGACAGAGGAGGGGGAACUGGAUCCAACUUUUUCCAGUCCGAUCAUCACAGCGCACAACUUGGACGCUGUCACGGAAAACUGCGUCAGCACUCCAAACCCAGCCUCUCAGGGAGACCUUCCCAACGGCACAGACACACCGAAAUGGAGUCCAGAAUCCACCAAUCUGGACUGCACCGUGGACGAGGGUCGCCCGCUGUUAGGCCCGCCUCCAGAGAGUGUGGAGCUGACAGUGUGGAGCGCAGACGGACGGCAAGAGACUUGUGACGCCACAGAGGAGGUUUCAGAGCGGGGACGAUGCUGCUGCCGCUGCUGUCAGUGUAAAUGCUGUCAGAGCGGCCGAGUUGCCGCCUUCUUCUCUGCCCUGGCCUCUCUUCUUUGUGCAGCUGGGAUCCUCUAUGCACUCUAUUUCUACGUCCCCAUCAAACCUCCAGAAUGCCCUGACAUAGCCAGCCGCAUCAUCUUCACCUUCUGCUGCUGUGUGGUGGCAGCCGUCCCCAUCCUGCUCGCGAUGCUCGUGGGCACAGUGUACCAGUUCUGCGCUGGCUCCUUCAAUCUGCAGGAGCCGUUUUCAGGAAGACGGACACUUCAGCGGCUGUUUGUCACAUCAUCCUCGGAACAGCUUCUCCUCUAUGUCCUCAACCUCGUCGUCAUGGCAGCUCUGCUGCCUCAAGACGAGCUGAAGUUGGUGCCAAUAGCGGUUGCCAUGUUUAUGUUUGGAAGGCUCGUUUACUGGGUCAACCUGCACGUGUGCAGCUUGUGGCGAGGCUUCGGCUCAGGCCUGACCGUCUUCCCGCUCCUCGCCAUGGUGGCUCUCAAUCUGUUCCUCAUGUAUAACCUGAAUCUCAAAGCGCCACUUUUCGUCUCUCAGGACGCCCUCUAUAAUCAGGUCACCCCCUCUUCCUGGUCAGGGGAGACAUCACAGAGGCCGAGUGGCACACCAGACGUCCUACCCACAGACAUCCUGGACUCUCAGUGAGGAGGCAAGCUGCGCCUUCUUCUGUCAGAGGAGGAGAGCUUUCCAAAAAUAGGCCAUUCCUGUGGUCCACAGUUCAGCACAGCUACACACGCUGCCACUAUAACCUCCAAAUCUGUGACGGCUCAACUUGUUCUUUUGCUCCUCCUACAGGACUGUUUUUAUUUUUUAAUGUGGAUUCAUGCUUAUUAUCUGUAAUGUAAGAGCUCUUUGCCCACAAGCGGUGGACCAACCUUUUGAACAACGCUGUAGUCCUUUUAAGCUAUUCCAGUGCCUAUAUUUAAUGUUUUGAACUCUUAAAGUGCUUAAAGCCUCUGCGAUAUAUAUAUGUGUAUGUAUAUAUACAUAUAUAUGUAUAUAUAUAUAUAUAUAUAUAUAUACAUAUAUGGUUGAAUUUGGCUUGACCUUAAAAAAACCCACAAGCAAUGCAACUUCAAUUCUGAGACUUUAUUAUUAUUUUAACUGUCCAGAAAAGAUUAUACAUGAUGAAGGAAGAAUUAAAGCAAUUUGUUAAAAAAAGAAAAAAGAGAAGUCUUUUCAUCUUUCCCAUUUUUUGGCCACUUGCUUCCUGGACUGAGCAGCUAUUCCUGGAGAAGCUGCAGCGUGUGUUUUCAGCGCUGGGACUAUCAUUAUGUGACAACAUGCUCUCCAUGUUCUCUGGUUGUUCUCCAUCUCCACCCUGCUGGCCUCCUCACUUCUGCUGCUCCUCCUCACUUCUGCUGCUCCCCACUGCUGCUGCUGCUGUUUGUGACACCAAAAUGAGGCCAAAUGAAAAAAACAAAACAAGAAACAAGAGGUUGUUGACAGAAAGAUUAAUGAGAUUUCCAAAUUACUGUAAUCAAAGGCAAGUCAUUUGUCUAAAGGUAAUUAUCAAGUAAAAAUAGACAUUUUUCAGCCUCAAAUUACAUUCUUUCUUCCAGUCUAAUGAAAGAAAAGGUCGGCUCCAGUGUGCGCACACACACACAGUGCACAGUGACUAUAAGUUCAAUCCUUCUUUUUUCACUUGUCUACCAGGUGUUCAUAAAUAGCACAGGUGUUAGUUCUGGCUGCAGGUCAGAUUAGGUCAUCAGUCUCAAAGGUUCAGCUCAUUACUUUGUGUUCAGUAAUGAGCAAAGAGUAACAUAUUGUAGAACUUUUAAUGUUUCAUUUUAAAUGUGUCAAACUGAAAGAAAAUUCACUUCAGUACAAAUGUAAGAGAUGUUUUUCUCUAUAUAUCUUUAUUUUUCUCCAUAUCUCCUCUGUCGUCCAAUUGCUGAUCGUUCAAACUGAAUGUGUAAGUUGUUAUAGUGACAAAUUAAAGCAAACACAUCAACACAUUAAAUUAACUUACUGAUACAUAAGUAUAGUGAAUUUAGUCAGACAAACAGGAAGAACAACAGCACAACUACCCACUAAGUAAUCAAUUGAGUAAUAAAAACAGUCCAUAAAAGGCAGUACAAACUCUGUGCUCUGGUUUUCUGCACCACACCUCUCAUCCAAAUGUACUUUUGUAAUCAAUGCUGCAGGACAGAAAGUUUAAUGAGACACCUCUUGUUUUUAUUAAGUGAUUCUUUCAAAUCUUUCAAACUGUUGUAAAAUAACACUUGAAUGACAGUUUGGAGAAAACCACCUCAUCACAAGGUCCAGUCAGUAGCUGCGCCACAGUUUUGGACUGAAUCAUUCUUUAUUAAAGGUCAAGUGUGAAAGGAUUAGUGACAUCUAAUGGCAAAACAGCAGAAUUGCAACAAGCUCACUCCUCCCAAAGCCCGUCGAGGAACUACAGUGGCCUCCGCAUACCAUAAAGCUUUUAGCUUCAAAAUGCAAAACGCAUGCACUCCAUAAAGCAAGACCCUUGCCAAGACAUACAAAAAGCUAAUUCUAAUGGCGCUUUUCCACUACACAGUCCCGGCACGGUUCGACUCAGCAAGAUUUAUUUAUUUUUUUUCCAUUAGUGAUAGUACCUGGUACUUUUUUUAGCACCUGCUCUGGCGAGGUUCCAAGUGAGCUGAGCCGAUACUAUACGUGAUGUCGAAAGACUGGUCAGAGAGUUUUGUUACUGGAAGAGUCAUGAGUGCAACGUUCCGACACAAGAAUCAAACCAAACAAUGCCGAACUGUAGAUCAGUUAAAAAGACUUCA